CGCCGCCCGCCGCGGGCCCCCGGCAGCCGGGCGCCCCCCCCCCGCCGGGCGCGGGCGUGCCGCGCUGGGGAUGCCGCUCGGGCCCUGGCGACGACCUCCCGCGUUGCGUGGGCGUCCCGCACCCGUCCCAGCGGCUGCGGGGCGAGCUGCUGCGGAGCAUCUGCGCCCACCUCGGCGAGGGCAAGGACCAGCUCUUCCCGGCGCUCGAGAGGCUUCCAGGGGGCGUGAGGGCGCGCGCGCGCUCGCCGCCUGCUGUGCUCACGGACGCAGCGUGCGCGGGGCGAUCGCGAGUUUGCGGCCAGUGUGAGUUUGACUUUCCUGCGCGACGCGCUCCCGCCUAGAAUUCAGGCUGGAGCUCCGUGUUGAAAGAGAAGACCUCUUGGUGCGCGCUGGUCGAGCACAGAGGGUCCGUCGGAGGGCCGGGCCCGUCCCCGUCCGUUGUUUUCCUUGGGCUCCCCUCUCUGGACGGCAGGACAGUCGCAAGCCGUCGGAGCAUGCCGACAGACGGCGUGCUUCCGAACUGUAUAGGUCUGCUCGCUGUGCAGCCGACGCGCAGAAAAGGCCACGGAGUGCUGAGACGGAUGCGGCAGGCGCCUGAAAAAGAU